AUGUCAAAAAGACCGGCAGAGGAGGGCUCACAAAAGGAGCCACGCAAGCGCGUGCAGGUUGCUGUUGCCUCUGUCGCGCCAGAUAUCUCGCGAUGGUCUUCCACAGAAAUACCUGACGGCCUGCCACCUCUCCCACCAAUCCGUCCCGAUCUUGAAGAGCAAGUCUUCAGGCACCCUGGACUUGGAGGCCCAAACUGGGAGAAAUUGGAAUGGUACGGCGACGCGACACUUGAGAUGAUCUCUACAGAAUUCAUAUUCGAGACCUUUCCGCAUCUCACAGCAGGCCGGUGCAGCCAAAUCCGUGAACAGCUAGUUCGAAAUAGCACACUUGCUGAGUAUUAUCGAGAGUACGGCAUGGAGCACAAAACGCAAUUGCCCCAAGACAUCGGCAAGAUGACAGUCCUGCUACGAACACAGAAGAAUAACAGGGACGUAAUCAAGCUUCAAGGCGAUGUUUUUGAGGCAUACGUUGGAGCAGUCGUCAAAUCGCAUCCGCAGGGAAACGCAAACGCCGUUACUUGGCUCAAGAUGCUGUGGGGUCGUACAAUCAAAGACCAGAUCAAGAAAGCAGAAAGUUGCUUGGAAACAAUAGCUCAAACACAGCAUAUCGCUCAAGAACAACCUACACAGCCCGAAGCCAAGGUGAUACCCUUGACAGAGCAAAAUGCCAAAGGUCGUCUGAGCGCAGCGAUAGCGGUGCCGGGAAUCAAAAUUCGGUACGAAGAUAUGGAAUGCAAGAAAAAAGACAAGGACACAGGCCUCCCACUGUUUGCUAUUGGAGUUUAUCUUGACGGGUGGGGAGAAACAGGCAAAUUCAUGGCAUGUGGUGUUGGUAAGCGCAAGGCUGAAGCAGGUGGAAAGGCAGCAUUGCAAGUGCUUGAAAAUAGGAAAUUCUUGAAAGUAUACGAAGCUAAGAAGAAGCAAUGGAUGGAGGAAAAAGCCCGUGGGGCAGACUCGUCAAAUGUUUAG